AUGGCUAUUCCUUCCAGUUAUUUGUCCUCUAUCCCAAUUCUCACUGGGGAUAACUAUCAAAAAUGGGUGAAAGAUUUGAAACUGCAUUUGGGUCCCCUAGACUUAGAUUUGGCACUCAGGGAGCCUAAACCUAGUCCUCUCACUGAUAGUAACACCGUUGAGGAAAAGGCCAAGUUUGAGAAAUGGGAUAAUGCAAACAGAAAAGUCAAAGACACCGCCGUAGAGUUUCUGAAUGCUAUAAAGGCAAGGUUUGAACUUAACACAAAGGCUGAAUCGAGUAACUUAAUGAGUAAACUGAUGAAUGCUCAGUACGAUGGAAGUCGCAGUGUUAGGGAAUACAUCUUGAACUUAGCUACUAUUACUGCCAAGCUGGGAAAUCUUGACAUCAAAAUAAGUGAUGAUCUUGUUAUGCAUAUUGCAUUGCAUACCCUUCUUGGUCCAUACAAGGUUCUCCAAUCUACCUAUACUGCACUGAGGGACAAGUAG